AUGGUACAAUCAAAAUCAAAUACUUCAUUAGCAAAUAGAAGGCAAUCAUCAUUUUUCCAUCAAUUACCACAAGCAGAACCAGAUAUUUAUUAUAUUGGAGUUGAUGUUGGUACAGGAUCAGCAAGAGCUUGUUUAAUUGAUACAAAUGGUAUAAUAUUAGGAUUAGCUGAAAAACCAAUAACAAGACAUGAAUUAAAACCAAAUUAUAUAACUCAAAAUUCAACUGAAAUUUGGAAUAAUAUAUGUUAUUGUGUUAGACAAUGUUUAAGAGAUUCAGGAGUUGAUGCAGCAGAUGUAUUUGGUAUUGGGUUUGAUGCUACUUGUUCAUUAGUUGCAAUAAGUGAAUCUACAGAUAAACCAGUAUCAGUUGGACCAGAUUUUAAAGAUAAUGAAGAAAAUAUUAUUUUAUGGAUGGAUCAUAGAGCUGUUGAUGAAACUAAUGAAAUUAAUUCAACAGGAGAUAAAUGUUUAAAAUAUGUUGGAGGACAAAUGUCAAUUGAAAUGGAAUUACCAAAAAUGAAAUGGUUAAAACAUCAUAAACCUGGAGGAAUUGAAGAUUGUAAAUUUUAUGAUUUAGCUGAUUUUUUAGCUCAUAAAGCUACUGGAACAGAAACAAGAUCUUAUUGUUCAGUUGUUUGUAAACAAGGAUUUGUUCCAAUUGGAGUUGAAGGUAGUGAAACUGGUUGGUCAAAAGAUUUUUUAUUAUCUAUUGAUAUGCCUGAAUUAGUUGAUGAUGAUUUUAGAAGAUUAGGUGGUAUACCAGGUAAAAAUGGAAAAUAUUUAACUGCUGGUGAUAUGGUUGGUAAAUUAACUUCAAAAUCUGCUGAAGAAUUAGGAUUAACUACUGAAUGUAUUGUUGGUUCUCCAGUUAUUGAUGCUUAUGCAGGUUGGGUAGGUACAGUUGCUGCAAAAUGUGAUGUUCCUGCAUUAUCUGAAGAAAAACAUGAUGGUACUAUUGGAGAUGCUUGUGGUAGAUUAGCUGCUGUUGCAGGAACUUCUACUUGUCAUUUAGCAAUGACAAGAGAUCCAUGUUUUGUUAAAGGUGUUUGGGGUCCCUACAAGAAUGUUAUGGCUGAAGGUUAUUGGUUAGCUGAAGGUGGUCAAUCAAUAACUGGUCAAUUAUUAGCUCAUGUAUUAUCAAUUCAUCCAGCAAAUCAAGAAUUAUUAAAAGCAGCAGAUCAUUCAAAUAUUUCAAAAUUUGAUUAUUUAAAUUCUUUAUUAGAACAAAUGGUUAAAGAUAAAAAUGAAAGAUCAGUUGUUUCAUUAGCAAAACAUAUGUUUUUUUAUGGUGAUUUUCAUGGUAAUAGAUCACCAAUUGCUGAUCCAAAUAUGAAAGCAAAUAUCAUUGGUCAAUCAUUAGAUAAUUCUUUACAAGAUUUAGCCCUUAAUUAUUUUGGAGCUUGUGAAUUUAUUGCUCAACAAACAAGACAAAUUAUUGAACAUAUGGAAGAUGGUGGUCAUAAAAUUGAUUGUAUAUUUAUGAGUGGUGGACAAUGUAGAAAUGGUUUAUUAAUGAGAUUAUUAGCUGAUUGUACUGGUUUACCAAUAGUUAUUCCAAGAUAUAUUGAUGCAGCAGUUGUAUUUGGUUCAGCUUUAUUAGGUGCAGUAGCAGCAGAUGAACUAGUUAUUGAACAUUGUAAAGAUAGACAAUCAUCAAAAAGAUUAAGAAAUAGUAAAAAAUCUCAAACAAGUUUAAGUGGAGCUCAUUCUCCUUAUACUGCACCAUCUGCAACUUCAUAUACUAAUUUAGCUGGAUUUUCUUAUGGUCAUGGAGCUGGUCAAGUUGGAGUUCCAGCAAUGACACCUGUUGGAGAAGAAAAUGUAGAUUAUUUUAAUCAACCAACAAUUGAUUCUUCCAAAAAACCAGCACCAGUAAUUGGUGAAGGAGAAGAAGCUUCAUCAGAUGAAGAAGAAUCAAGAUUAUCAUUUGGUUCAAAACAAGAAACUCAAAAGGGACUUUCUCAACAAUUAAAUAAAUUAGGAUUAAAACCAUUAACUAAAUCAACAUCAACUAAUCAAAAUCCAAAUAAUGCAGGAGAAUUAUUAUGGAAAAUUAUGCAAAAAAUGACAGGACCAGGAAAAGUUAUAAAUCCUGGUUCAAAAGAUGAUCCAGAUAGAAAAUUAUUAAAUGGUAAAUAUAAGGUAUUUUUAGAACAAUGUUAUAGUCAAAGAAAAUAUAGAGAUUUAGUUGAUUCAAUUGAAAAAGAAAAUUUAAAAAAUUAUGGUGAUAAAUUCAAACCACAAUAA